GCGGAGCUCUUAGUGCACGCGCUCAGUUGAUGCGCGUAAGGAAGGUUUAAAUCUUAUUGGGCCAGAUUUACUGAAAACCCGCAAAAUGGCGAUCCCAGCUUACGUUCAGCUGGCAUCUGGAUAAACGGGAAAAACGAGGCAAAUAUAACAGAAGGAUUGAAGAAAGCAGGAAAGAGGAAUCGCGUUUACUUGUACAGAUCAAAAGAUGAAGAUAAUCCUCAGUGCCUCUUCCAGUGCGCUGCGUGUUUCUUACUGGCGCACUGACUGCGACCUGUGCUGGCAUCAUUCACUAAAGAUUUAGUUACAGCUAAAAAUAAUAGUGCUUAUAGCCUUAAGAGCGUAAUGAUGAGACAGCCCCAGCGGCGUUAUUUCUGAGCAUCAGUGUGUGUGUGUGUGUGUGUGAGAGAGAGAGAGAGGUCCUGCACCUGUAUCCGCAUAAUUCACUUGGAUGAAUUUAUUUAUUUGACUGAAAAAAUGUUUCCAUCGUGCUAUUCUAAGCCCAAGAAUGGCUCCCAGUUUAAGAUGUCGUACACGAAGGUGUUGUUUGGGGUUCUGGUGGUCUAUGUGCUUCAUACGUGCUGGGCCUUAUACGGCUUCGUGCACACGAAAGCCUGUGACAGCGCUAAAGGGGACGACUGCGUUACAUCGUAUCUCAGUGCUAAACCCCGACUCCAGCUGAGCGUGUAUUUGACGCUGGACCCUGGUGAUGAGUCUGCGCAUACACUCCUGCUCAGAGUGGACAGAUUUGAAGUGCAUACCAAGCUUGAAAGGAAGGUGAAUGUAGCAUUAUCUGCACUGAAUCCAAAGAAUGGGACCCUCCAUGCUGCAGUGUUUGUACAUAAGAGUGGAGUUUCACCAUGGAAGGACAGCAAAUAUGUGCGAAUUGUGGCUCGCCUGACCUCUCAGAUGUUACCAAAUGCUCCUAUGCUUAUGUCUGGCUCUGCCAAACAGACUCGGAAGGGAACAGGAGAACAAAAUGUCAUGUCCUACUGGAAAUGUCAUGUCACUUUAAACAUGAUGACAGAGGACUUCACAUUUAAUAAUGCAGCCGUGCCAAGUGACCUGCGCAGAUACAUGAAAAUUGUUGAAGAUGGAAAGAAGGACAAAAAGAAAAUAUAUCUUCCUCUUUUACUUGUUGAUGAAAUGAGAAGCAGACUGAAGGACUUAAUUGAGAUAAACAGCACGACAAAGGCCGUCCCUCUCACUAUAUCGUAUGAUGCAAUAACUCUUCGCAAAUUUAGAAUGUGGAUCCAUAUCCAAGCUGUCAUAUACUCACUCAAACAUUUUGGAUUUUCAGAGCAAAGACUUGAUGAAAUAAAGGCCAUGUUUGUUGAGGCUGGCCUUCACAUAUUGGUGUUGUCAAUACUAGUGCCUGCAUUCCAUCUUUCAUUUGAAGUAUUUGCUAUGAAAAAUGAUGUGAGCUUUUGGAGAGGGAAAAAGAGUUUAGCAGGCAUCUCCAGGAGAUCAGUGAUCUGGAGGUGUUUUAGCACUGUUGUGAUAUUCCUCCAUCUGUUAGAAGAGCAAACCAGCUGGCUCACCCUUAUCCCUAUGGGAUUUUUAGCGUUAAUUGAGCUGUGGAAAGUCAGCAAAGUCUUUGCAGUUUCGACAAGUUACAAGGAUGGUAGAGCAGAUGACAUGGCGCGAGCAACAGAAGAACAUGAUUCCAGGGCAAUGAAAUUUUUGUCAUAUUUAAUGUAUCCUUUGUGCAUCAGUGGGGCGAUAUACUCAUUCAUAUAUCUCAGAAAUAAAAGUACUUGGUAUUUUUGGAUCAUUAACAGUCUCGUCAGUGGGGUCUAUGCAUCUGGAUUUCUGUCUAUGGUCCCACAAUUAUUUGUCAAUUACAAGAUGAAAUCAGUUGGCCAGCUUCCAAUGUCAGUGCUACUCUACAAAGGUUUAAACACAUUUAUAAGCGAUAUAUUUAGUGGAGUUAUAAGCACACCAGGACCACAUCCAUUGGCUUGUUUUAGAGAUGAUGUAAUCUUUCUCAUCUACCUCUACCAGCGCAGGAUUUACCGUGUGAACAAAUCUAGAGUUCGUGAUUACGCAUCACACAGGAGGAAACCCAAAGGGAAAUCACACGAGGACUAAACAGGUGCACUACAGGAAUCAUAGGAAGAGCUGAAGCUUCAUGCAUGCUAUACUAGAGAGCGGCAAGUGUAAAUAUGAAAGAGUGAAACUUUACUCAAAGGACAAUACUUUCAGUUCUUAAGUGUUCAGCAUGAAGCUGUUCUGAAGCUCAAAUUUAAUUUCAAGGAGUUUGGUGUUAUUUUUUUUGUUAUAAAAAAUGAAUGAUGAUUAGCUUGAGAGACAUACAGUUACGGAACAAAAAAGUCUGCCACUUUAAUGACCUUAUCUAUGCUACAAUAAUCUGCAAAAUUAACUUUAUCUAAAAAUAAAAAUGUAGCCAGGUAGCUGUACCUUUGGCUGAAACCACAGGGCCAAAAGAAUUCUUCUAUAGCUCAGGAGUUUAGUAUUUUUCCACAGCCUACAUGUUAAGUAUUAUAAGGCUAUUUUACUUUUUCUGCUUCACUGUAGCAUGAAGAUUGUAGUGCUCAAUGGACAAAUGCUGCCUUUGUCUGCUGUAAAAUGCUGUGAUGUGCACACUGCUACAGCGUGGAACUGGAGAGAGCUUUUGAUGCCAAUCUGUGUCAUGUACAGAAUAGUGUUGUACCUUCAACCUACAGUAUAAAAAACAAGACAUGCUUCAGUAUUGUAUUUAUGGAAAAUGUUUUGCAUAAGAAUUUAUAUGUAACCCAAUUUAAUUCAAUAUUGAAGUACAAAUUGCAAUUUCUCAGAAUUGAAAAAUAUGUAUAAUUUUACUUUCUAAAAACAUUGUCAUGACUAAUAAAGGUAUUAUUGUAUUUCA